AUGGGUGACUGGAGCUUUCUGGGUAAUAUUUUAGAGGAAGUCAACGAGCACUCUACGGUGAUCGGCCGGGUGUGGCUCACGGUGCUCUUCAUCUUUCGCAUCCUCAUCCUGGGCACAGCAGCAGAGUUUGUGUGGGGCGACGAGCAGUCUGAUUAUGUGUGCAACACACAGCAGCCUGGAUGUGAGAAUGUGUGCUACGACGAGGCCUUCCCCAUCUCCCACAUCCGCCUGUGGGUGCUGCAAAUCAUCUUUGUGUCCACGCCGUCUCUGGUGUACGUGGGUCACGCUGUCCACCAUGUCCACAUGGAGGAGAAACGCAAAGAGCGGGAGGAGGCAGAACUUAGCCGGCAACAGGAGCUGAGUGAGGAGCGUCUUCCUCUGGCACCUGACCAGGGAAGCGUCCGCACCACUAAGGAGACCAGUACGAAAGGAAGCAAGAAGUUCAGGCUGGAGGGCACCCUGUUGAGGACCUACAUCUGCCACAUCAUCUUCAAGACACUGUUUGAAGUGGGCUUUGUGGUGGGCCAGUACUUUCUGUAUGGCUUCCGCAUCUUGCCGUUGUAUAAAUGCAGCCGCUGGCCCUGCCCCAACACGGUGGACUGCUUUGUGUCUCGCCCCACGGAGAAGACUGUCUUUAUCAUCUUCAUGUUGGCUGUGGCCUGUGUCUCACUGUUCCUAAACUUUGUGGAGAUCAGUCACUUGGGCCUGAAGAAGAUUCGCUUUGUCUUUCGAAAGCCAGCCCCAGCUCCGGGGCCUUCCCAAGGCGAGGGGUUGGCCCCCCUGCCGCCACAAGGGAAGAGCCUGCCCCCCCUGGCUGUUCCCUCUCUGCAGAGAGCAAAAGGUUACAGGCUGCUGGAGGAGGAGAAAGCUCCCCCCAUGACUCACCUCUACCCACUGGCUGAGGUGGGCAUGGAGGCUGGCAGAGGGGCCCCACCCUUCCAGGGGUUGGAGGAGAAAGCGGAGGAAGUGCUGCCCAUGGAGGACAUCUCUAAGGUGUAUGACGAGACUCUGCCCUCCUACGCCCAGACCACUGAGACAGGAGGGGUGACAUUACACGAGGAAGAGGCUGAGGAGGGGGCAACUCCAGCAGAGGCAGGAACGGAAGCUGCGGAAACGAUAGAAGACAACAGGCCGCUGAGCCGACUGAGCAAAGCCAGCAGCAGGGCCAGGUCAGACGAUCUCACCGUAUGA